AUGGCUCUUGACAGCACAGGGGUCCCGCAGGCAGCGGUCACAGGGGAUGGGACUAACAAGAAGAAGGAUGAACAGGCCCCCAUGAACACACAGGCCCUCCAGACCGCCUCCCUGAAGGAUGGCCCAGCGAAGCGUGCAGUGUGGGUCCAUCAUACCUGUUCGGAACGAAAAGAACCCACUAAGGCCACAGAUGUCAAGGAGAAGCCCAAGGUAAAGGUGACAAAGGCAGUGGUCGUGGACCUUGGCACUGGCUACUGUAAAUGUGGCUUUUCUGGGCUGCCAAAGCCCAGCCACAACAUCUCGUCAACAGUGGGCAAGCCCUACAUGGAGACCGCCAAAACAGGGGACAAUCGCAAAGAGACAUACGUGGGGCAGGAGCUUGUCAAUCCAGAGGUUCGCCUUAAGCUAUUCAAUCCUCUGCGGCACGGCAUCAUCGUGGACUGGGAUUCAGUGCAGGCGAUCUGGGAGUAUCUCUUCCACCAAGAGAUGAAGAUCGCCCCAGAGGAACAUGCGGUCUUAGUUUCGGACCCACCCCUGAGCCCGCACACCAACAGAGAGAGGUACGCUGAGAUGCUGUUUGAGACCUUCCGCACGCCUGCAAUGCACAUCGCCUACCAGUCCCGCCUGUCCAUGUACUCCUAUGGCAGGACCUCCGGCCUGGUCGUGGAGGUCGGCCAUGGUGUGUCCUACGUGGUCCCCAUCUACGAAGGUUAUCCUUUGCCUAGCAUCACGGGACGGCUGGACUACGCGGGCUCUGACCUGACAGCCUACUUGAUGGGCUUGAUGAACGAUUCGGGAAAACACUUCACCAAGAACCAGAUGGGCAUCGUGGAGGACAUCAAGAAGACAUGCUGCUUUGUGGCCCUGGACCCCAUUGAAGAGAAGAAAGCCCCAGCUUCUGUGCAUACGGUCCAGUACACUCUGCCAGAUGGGCAGGAGAUAAACCUGGGCCAGGAGAGGUUCCUCUGUUCAGAGAUGUUCUUCAAGCCGUCUCUGAUCAGGUCCAUGCAGCUGGGCCUCCACACCCAGACGGUGUCCUGCCUCAACAAGUGUGAUGUCGCCCUCAAACGGGACAUCAUGGGGAACAUCCUGCUCUGUGGGGGGAGCACUAUGCUCAGCGGUUUCCCUAACCGUUUGCAGAAGGAGCUGAGCAGCUUGUGUCCCAACGACAACCCCCAGGUAAUUGUGUUGCCUGAAAGAGACACUGCAGUGUGGACAGGCGGCUCCAUCCUGGCAUCGCUGCGGGGCUUUCAACCACUGUGGGUCCACCGCUUUGAGUACGAGGAACAUGGGCCUUUCUUCCUCUACAGAAGGUGCUUCUGA